AUGACCUCACUGGGCCCCGCCUCUUCCUCCAGCUCCUCCUCCCAAAUCCCAGAAUCUCCAGCUCACCAGCAAGCACGCACCUACCUACACAGUCUCCUAUCCAAAACCCUUCUCAUCCAUACAACCGACAAUCGCAUGUUUCGGGGGUCAUUUAAGUGUACCGAUUCUGUUUGUUAACCUAUUCCAUUUGUCCUUCUCAACUCGACUCCUAUUCCUUUUUCCUGCUUGCCCAUUUCCUAUACUUCUUUGAGUGUGCGGGAUAGUUUGUGCAGUAUGGCAUAUCUAUUAUUCCUUUUAUAGUAUUCUCCCAUCGUAUUUUCCGAACCUCUCCUAAUACAAUCAACAUAAUAGGACCUCAACAUAAUCCUCUCGGAAACCUACGAAUAUCGCAUUCCACCUUCUCCUUCAACCUUAAUCUCACAACCUCCCUCAUCGACCUCCGCCCAACCUGCCUCCUCCACAUCUUCCGUAAACCCCUCCACAUCAACCUCUCAAAACCCACCCUCCGCACCAAUCCUAAACAUAACACCCCGCUGGCUAGGACUCGUCGUUGUACCUGGAAAACACAUCGUACGGAUUGAGCUUGAAGAAUUCGAGAGUCAAGUGCGAGGACGGAAAACUACAACCGCAACCACCACUUCAGAUUCAUUAGCUAAGGUUAAUGCCCUAGCGCAAGACUUAUUGAUCAAAGGAAAAGAAAAGGAAAUUUCGAUUUGAGAAGAGGCAUUUUAAGAGUAGCAUCCAUGAACGGAUAUAUGAAUCUAUGAAUCAAUAAACAAGAUCAAGCGCAAGGAUGAUUUCACCCCAUCCCAUCCAGUAUCAAUCAAGCCAUACAAAACCAUCAGAUCAUAUAAACAAACACAUCCAACCAUCACGACUACAAACCACCUACAAAUCAAGCACAACAUAACCAGAAUAUUUGCCACCUGAUCGCUAUAUGAUUGAUAAAAAAGCGACAUUAGAAUAAGGAAAAGCGGAGAGGAAGGAGACGGUAGUGGAUAUGAACAAGCAUAUGGAAGCGAGGCUAGGAAAGAAUAUGGGAAAGAAACUCUGAGUGAAGGUAGGAUUAAAAUACCUGCCCAAAGAUCCUGGAUACAUUGAAGAUCAAUAAAAGAGGGAUGAGUAUUGUGCAGUCAGUUAUCAAGAGGUGAAAUGAAAACAAUGCUCAUAAUCCUGAAUUUUAAAUCUCCAUUAUCCAAAGACUUGGGAUUCAAGGAAUGGCCCGCAGGAAGUGUUGAAAGGCUACUUUUAAUUAUCCAGGUGGAGAUGAUACGGAGUAUUCCAUAUUUAUUCAUCCUUAUGUUUAAUGCAUUUAAACAGAUACCUCCAGAAAGACUAUACAAAACACAGAGGACAAAUCACACAAACAUGAAUCAAAA